GAGAGAGAAAAAUAUAUAGAAUUAAAUUUGGACCAUUGAGGCAAGUUGCAGGUGCCAAUGGCGGUGUGUUUUGGACUGUUGUGAAGUUUCUGACUCUCACUUUGAUUCUCAUUCACUCCCCCUUACCCACUACCCCAUUCCUCCAAUAUCCCACCCAACUGUUCCGGUGAAUCUUCUUGUACCGGUAGCUUUUUUCGGUGAUGGUCACCCCAAUGAACGGCGACAGGCGCACCGGCGGACCGGAGGAGGAUUUCAUCAGGAGGCACCAUAAGCAUGACGUCAGGGAAAACCAGUGCACUUCUUCUUUGGUUAAGCACAUCAAGGCUCCUUUGCCUCUUGUAUGGUCUUUGGUGAGGCGAUUUGAUCAGCCGCAGAGGUACAAGCCGUUUGUGAGUAGGUGUAUUGUUCAAGGUGAUUUGCAGAUUGGAACUGUUAGAGAGGUGAAUGUGAAGUCGGGGCUUCCGGCGACCACCAGCAAGGAGAGGUUGGAGCUGUUGGAUGAUGAGGAGCACAUUUUCAGUAUGCGGAUUGUCGGUGGGGAUCAUCGCCUCAAGAACUACUCGUCCACCAUCACUGUUCAUCCAGAGAUCAUUGACGGAAGACCAGGAACAAUGGUGAUUGAGUCGUUUGUGGUUGAUGUGCCUGAGGGUAACACCAAGGACGAAACAUGCUACUUUGUUGAGGCUUUGAUCAAGUGCAACCUCAAGUCAUUGGCUGAUGUCUCUGAGCGUCUAGCUGUGCAGGACAGAACCGAGCCAAUUGAUAGAGUCUGAGUGGGUUUGCUGAGAUUGCAGCUUGAGGAACCAAUCGAUCAGCUGUGCAGAAGAAUAUGAUCUUUUAACUAGAAGUGAGUUGAGAGACUGGUAUUCUGCCAAUCCUCCUCGGUGGCCUUGCAGCUAUCUUUAUCUGAUCCAUUAUUACUUUAAGAUGAUGGGGGUUUGUUGCUUAGUUUCUUGCGAUACUGUCUCUAUGUUCAGCCCACUCUUUCUGGAAUGAAGACCACCCGUUUUUCUUUGUUGUUGACUUUGUGUUGAGAUUGGGUUGUAAAUACUUUAGGGUAGGAGAUAAAAGAAAGACUUCAAUGUGUUUGGAGAUGAUGUUUUGUGUUGGAUACUGUCGUGAAAUUGCUAUUUGCUAUUACAAGUAACAUUUGGCGUUUGACGCCUUUGUAUU